ACAAUUCACGUAGCGGCACGGAUUUAAUAUUUUUUUAACUCGAUGAAAAAUAGGCCUUCAUUAUCAAACAAAACGAAAGUUGUCGGAUGAAGUGAUAAAAUGACAGAGAAGCAGCCAUUACUUGUCCCGAGGUCAAGUUUAUUUAUAAUAUUAUAAGAAGAUGGUUAGGGUUGAACUUUGGAAGAGGGGCAGAUCCGAGCACGGACUCCAGAGGUGACGUCUGGUCCUUGGUUAAGCGAAGCCUUCAGCCGGGCGAUCGUAUGAGAACAGAACGGGGUGGUAACUCCGAUAAAUAACUUCAACACUCUUGUCUGCAACCAUUAGUUUGUUUGAUCCCAUGCGUGGUUGAUCGUCUCUGGAGAUAACAAUUUUAGAUUGGAAAUAAACAAGUGGAUUACAAAUCGAUCCUUUUUAUAUUUGUUUGGAAAUAUUGUAGAAUGACCAGAUUCGAGAAACGACCAUCUUGUUCUCUUGUGCUCAUCUCGUGGACCUGCGUCUGUGUUGACGUUGAGGGCUUAUUCCGUCAGAUAUAUUCUGUGUCCGCUCGGUACUCAGAAGAAACUCCCUGGUGACAGCUUCUGCCACAAAUAACCCAAAUAACACCUCGUCAUGGCACUCGACUUUUUCGCUGGAUGUUUGGGAGGCUGUGCUGGAAUAAUGAUGGGUCAUCCCUUUGAUACAAUUAAGGUUCGGCUUCAAACACAGAAUUUUCGGAAUCCACAAUAUAAAGGAGCUGUCGAUUGCCUUACAAGCAUUUUAAAGAAAGAAUCGAUAUGGGGACUGUACAAAGGGAUGUCCUCGCCGAUGGCUGGAGUCGCCGUAGUAAAUGCAGUCGUGUUUGGGGUUUACGGGAACUUUCAACGUCACGUGACUCAUCCUGAAGCUCUGUCCUCACAUUUCGUGGCUGGGGCAGUUGCUGGAUUUGUCCAAAGUUUUGUGUGCAGCCCCAUGGAACUAGUGAAAACGCGGCUCCAGAUUCAAGAUAUCAGGGCUGUACCUGGAGGCGGCUACACUGGACCAAUGAACUGCCUCGUCCAGGUGGCAAAAGCCGAGGGACUUCGUGGCGUAUUCAGAGGCCUUGGUGCCACUAUUUGCCGAGAGGUGCCAGGAUUUGGUACCUAUUUCUUUGCUUAUGAGUUAAUGACGAGGCCAGCUGGACCUCCUCUCAGCACCUCUCACAUGAUGUUUGCCGGUGGUCUUAGCGGGACGUUAUCGUGGGUCAUCACUUAUCCGAUUGACGUCGUCAAAUCCCGUCUACAGGUUGACGGGAUGGGUGGUGUGUACAGAUACACCGGAUUCGUUGAUUGUCUGAGAAAAAGUAUACAGACUGAAGGGUAUCGUGUGUUGACCAGGGGCCUGGGGUCUACCGUUUUGAGGGCUUUUCCAACAAACGCUGCAACGUUCACUGUUGUUACCUGGGUAAUCCGAUGGGCUGAUGAAAACCAUGUCGAAACCACAUCAGGAUACGUGAUUGCUGAAUUAGUAGACUUUAAAGAAAUUAAACCGUCUAAAGUCCAAAAUGUAAUUAAUCAUGACGAAGUGCAUGGGUUUAAGGUUUUUGGAGUUCUGGAAAACAUCGAUUUCAAAGAUAAAUGCAUGAAGACUGUCUUCGAGUUGAAGAAGACAAUUCUUCACAAUUUUAUAGGAAGUAACAUUUUCCCCAGUCAACAACUGAUGUUAAAAUCUAGGCAGAUUUGUUCCUCAGGCAAAGGAGAUGAUAGCGAAAGAUAUUUUUGCGAAAAUGUUAAGGAAGACAUUUGCAUGAAAACUGCGUUAUUUCAGGAAAGUAAAACGGACACUAUGAACAAAGCAGAGGAAGAUAGAAUAAAUAAAAGUGAGGACUCAGAAGACGGAGAAAACUCAGACAGACAGAGAGACAAAGACUCACAGACUGAGAAAGCAACCAACACUUACGAACACAAAAAUGAUUACUACAAUUCUUCUGUAAGGUAAUUGUAUAUUGGACAUAAAAUGCCUUCAUCCUAACUCAAUGAAGAGUUUUGCAGGCGAAAUUGAUGUUUAAGGAAGGAACGCGCAUUGGGGUCUCAAGUGUUAUUUUUAGGGGUGUUUUCAUCCUUAGGAGCGGUGUAAUUUCUAUGAAGAUGUAUGUAUGCAAACGACAAGUAACAUCCUGUGAUAUCAGUUUGUGUAAUACGUCGUUAAAAAAUUCGUGUGUUCUGUCUUAUUGGAAAGAUAAGUAAUAUGGAAAUGACCUCUCUGCUGGUUUGAGUAGUUAUAAUGAACACACGUUAAGACACGUUGAACUACGAAUCAGAUUAUUGAAGAGGUGAAUUGUUUAACACGUGUUUUUAUCAAUUUUAGUCAGUGAAAUAAUGGCGUUUAUAGCCUAAAACUGUGCUAAUGUGAUAUAUAUAUAUAACUUAUUACAGUCUUUAUCUGACAUGUGUAAGUGUGUCCAGACUGAUUCAAAAAAUGAAUAAAAAUAUUUUAAUUGACCUGACUUA